AUGUCCACCUUCACACUGCCAGAGCCAUAUCCACCAUACAAAGUCACUUUGCCACAUGAUGUAACCGAGGACCACCUCUUGAACUUUCCAGCCUUCAAAAACUGGAUUACCACACUUCAGCACUCGCUAGACUUGCAGAAACACAAAGACCACGUCUUCCACGCAUCCCCAUACAAGCUCCGUGGUAUCAACGUCCAGUCCGCGGUCUGGUUCGGGAAAAGGCUUGGGUUCGUCAAGAUCCAGGCUACGAUCGAAGACGAUGAAAAGAACUGGCUUCCCGGGGCUGUGUUUCUGCGAGGAGGAAGCGUGGGCAUGCUUAUGAUCCUCCAACCAGAUGACGUGCCCAAGGGCACCGAGAUCGAUAAAUAUGUCAUUCUAACCGUGCAACCUCGCAUUGCUGCUGCAUCAUUUGCGUUCACAGAAAUCCCCGCAGGCAUGCUCGACGGGGAGACGUUUACCGGGGCGGCCGCAAAGGAGAUCGAGGAAGAGACGGCAUUAGUGGUUCCUCAAGACGAGCUUGAGGAUAUGACAUCCCUCGCCCUGACAGGAACAUCGACUUCCCCAUUCACGACCGAGAAAGACCGCGGAGAGGAUUUCAAAGAGAAGCUACAGAAUGCCAUGUACCCGAGCCCUGGAGCCUGCGAUGAAUUCAUCCCGCUAUUCCUGUGGCAGAAACGGGUCCCUAGGAGUUUCCUGGACGGGCUGAGGGGUAGAUGUACUGGGUUGAGGAACGAGGGAGAGAGGAUCACGCUUAAGGUGGUCAAGCUUGAAGAUCUGUGGAGGGAGGGUGCUCGAGAUGCUAAAGCACUUGCCGCUUUAGCUCUCUAUGAAGGUUUGCGAAAGGUACCCGGCAAGCUUAAGCCAAUCCACAAUUGA